GCUCGCCCUGUCGGCACCGGCAGCGCCCACGCACGUCAUGCUGCGGGCCAUCCUACUCUUGGCUGCCUGCGCCUGCCUCUGGGACAUCGCGGCGGCAGGUGUGCUGGAGAUCAGGUGUGCCAAUGUGGAGGCGGGAAGGAAGGUGCUCAUCCCCAGCUCCGCCGCCAGUCUGCAGGAUGCCUGCCAGCUACGAGUUGAGAUCACUCCCGAACAGAGCGGAACGUACUCCUUCAUGCUCGGCUUGUCGGCCCUGACGGAAUUCAUUGGACGCGAAGACAUUGCCGGCUCCUACAUGGGACAGCCGAAGGUCUUUGCACUGGUGAAUAAGUCAGAGGAGUUCGCUGACAACAACCUGUACGCGAUCCGAAGCCUGGUGCUGGACGACAUCCCGCUGGCCGGGGUGCGCUCGGCGCUGGGCGCACGGUACGGCACUGUCUACCUGCUGGCCGCGCUCGACAACGGCACCCACUUCGUCGACUCCGUCUCGAUGGCUGCCUCCUUUCAGCCCCCCGACGAGAGCGGCGUGGAUCUCAAGCCAGUCAUCAACGAGAUGGACUCGUGGACCAAGGACUACGACGGCGCCGUCGUUGUCAGCUCUCUCUCGCCUCGCGUCCCGGUGCGGAUCUCGGUGGAGAACCUCGGCUCGACGCCGCUCGCCGCCCGCACCGAUCCGGACGCGCUCAAGGUCUGGGUCUAUGUCAAGAGGAUGAUGAUGGCCGAGCACACGUUCGGCUCGCCGCUGGUACCGCUGACUGAGGAGGUGGCGAUGCACAAGGGCCACAUGCCGGCGCCGGGGGAUGCGGUCAUCAGCCUGGCCAACGUGUUCGGUCAGACGGAGCCUGGCAGUCCCGCGAUCCCGGCCGGCUCGUCGAUUCCGCUGACGCUGACCGAGCUGGCCAUCUCGGACAUGGUGUGCGGAGACGCGGUGGUCUUCAUCAACGUCGACCCCAUCGGCGAGAUGACCGACACCAACAUGACCAACAACGUCGUCGGCAUCCGGGUCCGCAGCAGAUGCGACUCCACCGGCGGCCGCUGCUUCCUGUACGGCAUGCCGACGCCGGGCCGCACGCUCGUGGCGCUGCACCACGACUACAUGAACCAGCCGUCCAACAUGAUCGAGUACCGGGCGGUAAGCGGCGCCAUCCGGCCGCUCCAUCCGUUCGAGAUGACGGCCACCGAGCGGGUGUCGCUGAUGCACUCGGUGGUGCUGACGCACGCCGUCCAGGCCGAGGUCGACCGGCUCCAGGCCAUCGGCAGCUGCGACUCCGCUGAUGAUGCCGAGCCGCCCACCUGGGGCUCGUCGAUCCUGGGGCGUCUGGCGGACAGCAUGGCCAACAUCCGGGCUCCUCUCCUCGCCGUGUCGACAACCGGGAUGAACGAGUCCGAACAGCUGGACAUGGCGGCGCUGGUGGUGGAGACGGUGGGCCAGCUGCUGCAGCAGCCUGGUAGUCUGCGCACCAUCCUCAGCACCAUCAUCCAUGGCGAGGGCGACAUGCGUUCACCUGGCAUGGAAGGGAACAGACCGGGAAGGGGAGGUGGCGGUUACGACGGUGAGAAUGGAUACCCUGGCUAUGGCGGUGACGGCAAUUUCUACGGCUCUGGACACUACAGCGGCGGCUCCGGGUACUACAGCGGCGGCUCCGGGUACUACAGCGGCGGCUCUGGAUACUACAGCGGAAGCUCUGGGGGCUAUAGUGACUACAGUGGUAGCUCUGGGGAUUAUAGCGACUACAGUGGCAGCUCCGGAGACUACAGCGACUACAGUGGCAGUUCUGGAGACUACAGUGACUACAGUAGCGGAUCUGGAGGACUAUGGUGACUACAGUGGCAGCUCUGGGGACUAUAGCGACUACAGUAGCAGCUCUGGAGACUACAACGACUACAGUGGCGGCUCUGGGGACUAUAGCGACUACAGCGGCAGCAGUUCUGGAGACUACAGUGACUACAGCGGCAGCUCUGGAGACUACUACAGCGACUACAGCGGCAGCUCUGGAGACUACUACAGCGACUACAGCGACAGCUCUGGAGACUACAGCGACUACAGCUCUGGUGGUCCAGAGGUGUUCCCUCUCCCCGGGACAGGCGGCAAUGCCGGUCCUGGACCCGCGCCACUAAACGCCCGCGUAGCGCGGUCCAUCUUCCCCGGCGGCAUGGAUGUCGAUGGAGACAUGUACCAGCCGUACGCCACGGACAUGCCUAACUUCGGAUCAGGCAGCUACUCGACCUUCUUCGAGGGCUCCUACAGUCAGCACCAGGGCGGAAUGGAGGAAGAAAUGGGUAUGAGGAUGAUGGGCCCCAUGUCGCGGCUGCAGCAGUUUGUGGGCAGGGUGGCCAGUCACGUGGAACGCGGCAGCUAUCCAGACCUUCAACCUGCCCGGCUGCAUGUCCGAGGAGAUGAACAUCAACUUCCGCCGCUUCCUGAAGGCGAUCGUCUGGGGCACGUCCGUGCAGGAGAUCCCGGGCUACGAGCGGGUCGACAGCGGCUUCGUGGCGAACCUGCAGCGGCUGAUCCGUGAGCUGAGAACCGGAAAGGAGAUCGCCCUCUUCGGGGAGGGCUACCCGUCGGCACUGGAGGAGAGCAUGGGCCGUUGGUUCGAGGAUCAGAACGUCCAUCCCAUGAUGCCGCUGCCCUACGACUUCUUCGAGAGCGCGCUGCAGAAGGUCGGACAACGUCUCUCUCAACUUUACCAUCCAGCCGUGGGAGCAGUACAACGUGGCGAAGAAAAACAUGACCAUGAAGCUGCUGGGGAAGGUGGCGCGCGCGCUGCUCGCUGUUCAACCGAACCGCCGUGUUCGACAAGUUCGUCUCUGCCGCUGUUGACCUGCACCGGGAGCUGGCCAGCGGCGGUAUGGCGCUGG